AUGCUGUCGCAUACAAACCCCCAGUCAGCGAAGCUCCCUCGAGUCGCCUCGACCACAGCAAAACUCCCCACCUACGGACUGCGGAAUUCCAUUCCAAUGGCUUCCAUUGCAGCUUCCCCAGUCUACCCUGACGGCCUCAAGAAGCGCUCGCGACUGGCCGACUCUUUCGACCUCUCAAGGAAGCGUCAGCGUCGCGGAGUAGGCGAAACUAGCGGCCAAGACGAGGCCACCGACGACGCUGACGUGGCCAAGUACAGUCAGCGCCAUGUCGAGUACUUUGAGCAGGUGAAGCAGGCAGAGAUUGCCCGAAUAAGGGCCGAGUACGAGCAGUUCAUCAUGAAGAAGGAGGCCGAUUUCCAGCGGCUCGGCCAGGAGCUGCAGCAGACACAGGAACGUGUGGCCGUUCAGGCCAACGACGUGGCCAGACUCCAGAGCGAGAACAAGCUGCUGAAACGCGCCGUGGCCAUCCAGAACCAGCAGAAGGACGAGGUCCAGAACGAGAACAGCGCGCUGAAACAGCUGGCCACUCAGGCCGCCGAGCACAUGAAGCGUCUAGAGCAGGCCAACUACACACUGAGGGUCCACCUACAGACCAGCACCAGCUCCGGCAUCGGCCACCAGCAGCAGCCGCCAGACGUGUACUAGGCCAUCGACGGCCAGCAAUGGCCGUACGUGGCCAGCCAGGCCUUGGCCCUCCGCGGCCCAGGUAUUCUAUAGACAACCCAGUCCCGUUCUACUACUAUUCAUUAUUCUAUGGGCUGCACGCCGAAGCGUCAGACGCCAAAAGCUACCAGAUCAAGGCACCCAACGUCCAGAUCUGUCGUAACUCUGCUAUUUUUCCCGUUUCCAGACCAACGAGACGUGCGUGGUGGAGGGCCGUCGGUUAGUCAUCUACCUCGUGCUCUAUCGACCAAAGACUACGGGGGUUUUCUCCUCGAUGUGACGCAGAAGAGAGUGCAACGUCUGAACGUUUCCUUACAUUAUUUCGCAAAAAGCAUUAAACCCACAAACAUCUGAUGCCAACUCCUCAAUUGUUAAUGCACUUACUUUCAUUGCGUUCCUCUA